UUGCAAAGGUUCCUGCACUACAUGUUCCCAGUUUUCUUUUACUCGAUUCUUGAUACCUCAAUUGUUUUAAUUCGGAUGCUAUCCCUACCCAGGUGCCAAAUAUUUGUAGAAGGGAUUGUCUACAAUGUGAUUAUUUAUCUUUGAUACGGAGAGGUCACAUUUACAUACGAUUAUUUAUUUUUGAUAUGGGGAGGUUACAAUUACAUACAAUCAUCCGAUUUGAAAUCUAAUAGCUUGAGUGUAUCACAAAAGUCAGGAAUGAAAUAGUUGGAAUAUGCAUGCCUUUUUAUGUUUUUUCUCUGCUUCAAUUUGUGAGCCCCUCAAAUCGGUAGCGGUCAAUUGUAUUCUUGUGAUGUCCAAGUCUUGCCCCACCCCACUUCAACUAAUAAAGCUCAGUGGAGAUAUAUAUAUAUGUUCAGCAUAAAGCGGUAGAGUAGCACACUUGAAAACAUAAGAUUCUUGAAUGACUGCUUUUCUAGAUGUCCCACUCGGCGACCAUCUUCCAGAUUCUCUAUCUCUCCCCCUCUAUAUACCACCCUUCCGCCUUGAACCUGUCAUCCAUGCAUACCCUUCUCCCUCCAAUGGCGUCCAAAAGGAUCAUCAAAGAGCUCAAGGAUCUCCAGAGAGACCCACCAACUUCAUGCAGUGCAGGUCCUGUAGCAGAUGAUAUGUUUCACUGGCAGGCAACCAUCAUGGGUCCUAACGACAGCCCAUAUGCUGGCGGUGUCUUCCUCGUCAACAUUCACUUCCCCCCUGAUUACCCUUUCAAACCCCCUAAGGUUGCAUUCAGGACCAAAGUGUUCCAUCCCAAUAUCAACAGCAAUGGCAACAUCUGUCUUGACAUUCUCAAAGAGCAGUGGAGCCCUGCUCUCACUAUAUCCAAGGUCCCUCGCUCAACCACUUCUCUACAACUCUGUAAACCUCUUUGGAUCACUCGAAAAAUGGUGUGUUGCAGGUAUUGCUGUCAAUAUGCUCGCUGCUCACAGACCCCAAUCCUGACGACCCUCUGGUUCCUGAGAUUGCGCACGUGUGCAAAACUGACCGAUACAAAUACGAUUACACCGCCCGAAGCUGGACUCGGAAAUAUGCAAUGGGAUGACACACACACAUGCACUCUCACUCUCUCCCAUGAGAGAGCUGUUGCCAUUAUGGCAAGAGACCGAAUAAAGCGGAACAAAUCCAUCGGAAGGUGUUUCUGGAUGUGUUGUUGUAUGAGUAGUUGAUGACUGCGCUUAAGUGCACUUGUGUGUAAUGGCACUUCGUCUUUAUAAUUGACACUGCAAGAUUUCCAAGUUUGUUUCUUGAAUAUUUUCUUCAUAUUUUUAAGAGUUUGGGGUGGUGGAACUUUUUA